GACUCCGAGCAGCCAUUCUGUUUACGUGAUCGACUGUUUCUAAAUGUGUGGGACGCGCAGGGCUUCUUGGUGUCUCUUCAGAGCCCCUGGGUCAGGCCAUGUCUUCGUGGCUAUAGGAUCUCCCUUCACAGCCUGGCCUCUUCCCAGCAGCUCUGACUGGAGCCUCCAGAUGCUCACGCAGCUCCGGGCUCCUGGGAAAAGUGGGGUUGUCUGCAAGAGAGACCCAGAGCAGAAGCCCAGAGAGGACAUGGCUGCUGAUGUGAAUUUGCCCCCGAGGCCGCAGGUGCCGGGUCCAGAGGAGCAGGAUGGAUUAUGUGAGGGAUCAGUGUCAUUUGAGGACGUGACCGUGGACUUCAGUAGGGCGGAGUGGCAUCAGCUCACCCCUGCCCAGAGACGCCUGUACCUGGACGUGAUGCUGGAGAUCUACAGCCACCUCUUCUCUGUGGGGUGUCACAUUCCCAACCCAGAGGUCAUUUUCAGGAUGGAGAAAGAAAAGGAGCUAUGGGGAGGCGAGGCUGAACUCCCACAUCGGAGGCACCAAGAUACGAAGUUUGGUCUCAACACUCCACAACAGGACAUUUCUGGAACAGCUUCAUUUCAUGGCCUGGCUGGCAAGGUCACAAGAGGUGGUUCUUGGUGUUCCGUUUUAGCAGAACUGUGGAAGGAUGCUGGCCGUACCGUGAGAGAUCAGCCAAAUCAAAAUGAACCUUCGCAUCAGAGGGCUUUCCUCAACAAGAAAAAAAUGAAUACAGAGAAAGAUUGUGAAUAUAAGGACCCUGGGACAAUCAUUCACGUGAGGCCCCACCUUGUUCCUUCGCAAAAAAGAUGCCAUAAACGUUCACUUGCAAGAAGUUUGAAGCCUAACCUAGAAUUAAAUAGUCAAAAUCAAAGCAACACCACAAAACACCUUGAUGAGAUUGUGGGAUCUAGUCAGCUACUCACCCGUAGCUCUUCCCAUGCCAACUGCAAGAAUAUUCACACAGGAAAGAACUUCUGCAAAGGUAAUCAACGUCCAAAAGUCCUCAGCCACAAACAGUCACUCACACAACCUCAAACUCAUACUCUGGAGAAACCAGGUAAGUGUACCGAAUGUGGGAGGGACUUCACCCAGAAGCCGCGCCUCCUUAGGCAACAGAGAUUCCAUAGUGUAGAAAACCUCCAGGAAUGCAGCAAAUGCAGAAAAGCCUUCGCCUCGCAACCAAAGUUUGGUGACUAUCUGACAGAUCACAUAGGCAGCAUACCUAAUAUAUGUAAGGAAUGUGGAAAAGUCUUUGUUCAGAGGUCAGAGUUGAUUACACAUCAGAAAACUCACACUAGGAAGAAACCCCAUAAAUGCCAUGAAUGUGGAAAAGCCUUUUUCCAGACGCUAUCUCUCUUCAGACAUCAACGAACUCACAUGAGAGAAAAACUAUACAAUUGCAGCGAAUGUGGGAAAGGCUUCUCCCAGAAUUCGACCCUCAUUAUACAUCAGAAAAUUCAUACUGGCGAACGACAGUAUGCGUGCAGCGAAUGUGGGAAGGCCUUCACCCAGAAGUCAACGCUCAGCUUGCACCAGAGAAUCCAUUCAGGGGAGAAGUCGUACGUGUGCAUCAAAUGCGGGCAGGCCUUCAUCCAGAAGGCUCACCUAAUUGUGCACCAAAGAAGUCACACAGGAGAGAAACCUUAUCAGUGCCACAACUGCGGGAAAUCCUUCAUUUCCAAGUCACAACUUGAUAUACAUCAUCGAAUUCACACUGGGGAGAAGCCUUAUGAGUGUAGUGACUGUGGAAAAACCUUCACCCAAAAGUCACACCUCAACAUACACCAGAAGAUUCAUACUGGAGAAAGGCACCAUGUAUGCAGUGAAUGUGGAAAAGCCUUCAACCAGAAGUCAAUCCUCAGCAUGCAUCGGAGAAUCCACACCGGAGAGAAGCCUUACAAGUGCGGUGACUGUGGGAAGGCUUUCACUUCUAAGUCACAAUUCAAAGAGCAUCAGCGAAUUCACACUGGAGAGAAACCCUACGUGUGCACUGAAUGUGGAAAGGCUUUCAACGGGAGAUCAAAUUUCCAUAAACAUCAGAUGACUCACACUAGAGAGAGAACUUUUGCCUGUUGCACGUGUGGGAAUGCCUUCAUCCAAAAAUCAGAGUUGACGACACAUCAGAGAACUCAUAUUGGAGAGAAACCUUAUGAAUGCCGUGACUGUGGAAAAUCCUUCAGUAAGAAACCACAACUCAAAGUGCAUCAGCGAAUUCACACAGGAGAGAGACCCUAUGUAUGUACUAAAUGUGGGAAGGCCUUCAACAAUAGGUCAAAUUUUAAUAAACACCAAACAACUCAUACCAGAGACAAAUCUUACAAAAGCAGUUAAUUCUGUGAAAGGCUUCACCUGGAAAUCAAUACCUAGUACAAAUUUUUGUAUACAUAAAUGAAACAAACUCCAAGUCUCUUGAAGAAAAAUAUUUCAUGAGUCAAAUUUAAUUGUAUGUUACAGAAUUUAUGCUCCAGAAAAAUUCUAGGAAAUGCAUUGCGUGUCAUAAGUCACACAUUAUUUUAUGUGAGGGAAACUCCCAAAAAAGAACUUUUAACAAUGUGUGAAAUUGUCCAUAUUUGUACUACCUUUGUUAAGGAUUAUAAAAUUCACCUGGGGAAGAAAUCUUGGCUAAUGUACUGAGAAAAAUAUUUCUAUAGAAAGGGAUGACAGUUACCAGAUUAUUUAUAGGCUGGUUUGUGGCUAAUCAUCUUAAUGAUAACCCUGUUUAAUGUGAGAUAUCAAUAUUUUUAAAAGUGUAAGCAAACUGAAUGAUGACUGGACAAUAUUAUGGAUGUAUGUAUAUGGUAUCUGUUUAUAUAAGUAUAUGUAGUAUCUGCAUAUAUAUAUGCAGUCAGGUCAAUAUAUGUGUAUACACACAUACACACACCCACGCCCCACCCAGUUCUGUAGUGUCUGCUACAGAAUCUGCGUAACAGGAGGUGUGGGUAGAUUAUAUAUUUUUUAAAGAAUUCAACUGUUUAUUAAAUUUAUUCCCUAUUGCUAUUUAUAUCCUGAGGUUGCACAAUUAUUUACAUAGACGUAUGAACUUACAUUUUUGGUAAAUGCAUAAAUGUGACUGUAUAAUGUAUACUGGUCUUCACAGUGUAGUUUCUUUGUUCAUGAGUAGCUCAGCUCUACCCUCCCUUUUCUUUCUGCCUCCACCAUCUGUGAUGAGCCCCUCAUAGGUAACCAGCGUAUGGACUGGUUAUGGGCUCUUUCAUAUUUGUAUACAGACUCCUAGUCAUGUACACCAGGAGUGAGCAAAUUGGCCAUCGGCUAAAUCUGGUCAGACACAUGUUCUUUUUUUAAUAAAGUUUUAU